AUGGCAGACAAGUGCCAGGUGGUGGAAGAGCUGAUGGACGAUCUUCUUCAGGCCUGCCGAGGAUGCUCCUGCCACACCUUCACGCCAUGGCUGCAGGUGGCCAUUGGGGUUGCCUGCGUCUACGAAGGAUGGAGUGCCCAUGAAGACAAUGUCCUAUACCGCCUGCUUGUACCCCUGAGGCCUCCCCCCAGCACACCUUCCACCUGGAGCUGGGUCACACAUCUAGCUGACCAAAGGAAACCAAUUAAUGUUAUCUUUCAGGAUUUCAGUAAAGCUUUUGAUACUGUUUCUCACAACAUCCUUCUGAACAACAUGUCAAGCAUAUGGCUAGACAAUAAUGUGAUGGGUGAGCAAUCGGCUGAUGAGUCGGGCCAAAAGGGAAGUCAUUGUCCCUCUGUACUCAGCCCUGGUGAAGCCCCACCUCAAGUACUGUGUCCAGUUUGGGGCCCCUUACUCAAGAAAGACAUUGAGGCCCUGGAGCAUGUUCAGAGGAGGGUGACGAAGCUGGUGAGGGGUCUGGAGCACAGGCCUUAUGAGGAGCGGCUGAGGGAGCUGGGAUUGCUCAGUCUGGAGAAGAGGAGGCUCAGGGGAGACCUCAUCGUUCUCUAUAACUACCUGAAGGGAGGUUGUAGUGAGCUGGGGGUCAGCCUCUUCUCUCUUGUAACUAGUGACAGGACGAGGGGGAAUGGCCUUAAGUUGCGCCAGGGGAGAUUUAGGCUGGACAUUAGGAAAUACUACUUUUCUGAAAGAGUGGUCAGGCGCUGGAAUGGGCUGCCCAGGGAGGUGGUUGAGUCACCAUCCUUGGAGGUGUUCAAGAAACAUUUAGAUAUAGCGUUGAGAUACAUGGUUUAG